AAACUGCAAAAAACAAACUUCUGGCCGGUGGACGGAAGCUCCCGCCUGGCUCCCUCCGAAGCAAGACGGGCGCAUCGAUUUGCAAGUCGGACGGGCGAACGGGUAGGGGAUGAGCUAUCCCUUCCCUUUCCCAGUUGAAGGCUUGCCUGGCCCUCAAGAGGCCGUUGCCCUCUUUCCUAGCGUUGCUGCUGCUGCCGCACUGGCUGGAGAGAGCUGUUUCCUUCCUCCGUCCCUCCCUCUUCCUGCACAGUCCCUCGGCCCUCCCUCCUGGGCCGCUCUUCUGCGUCUCCGCGUCCCCCUCGGAGCCUGCGACCAGAUCUCGGGGAGGCCAGUCUGCCAAGUGGGCAGCUCCGCGGCGGCGGGAGGAAAAGACCAUGCAGAAGAAGCCGCCGCCGACCGGCCACACGGAGCGCCUCUACAAGCUCCUGGUGAUCGGGGACUUGGGCGUGGGUAAGACCAGCAUCAUCAAGCGCUACGUCCACCAGAACUUCUCGCCGCACUACCGGGCCACCAUCGGCGUGGAUUUCGCCCUCAAGGUGCUCAGCUGGGACCCGGAGACGGUGGUGCGGCUGCAGCUUUGGGAUAUUGCGGGUCAGGAAAGGUUUGGGAACAUGACGCGGGUCUAUUACCGAGAAGCUAUGGGAGCAUUUAUUGUCUUCGAUGUGACAAGGCCGGCAACUUUUGAAGCGGUAACCAAAUGGAAAGAGGAUUUGGACACUAAGCUGACCCUCCCCAAUGGCAAACCUGUGCCAGCCAUUCUCUUGGCAAACAAAUGUGAUCAGGGCAAAGAGGUGCUGGUGAACAAUGGGGUCAAGAUGGAGCAGUUCUGCAAGGAGAAUGGCUUUGUGGGAUGGUUUGAAACAUCAGCAAAGGCUUGAAGGAAAGAGAAGGGCUUGGUCCCCCACCCCCACAGAUAAACACCAGUUGAUGAAUAAAAUUAGAAGAUGCAAAGCAAGAAAAAACUGUUGCAAAAUGUGUCUCAAAUGUAAAAGAAGUUAGAAGACAUGAUCACACAGCAGAGUUUCAUAAAAGCAGAGUCCUCUUAAGGAAAACAAUUACAAUCAGGGUAGAAUGUGUAUGUCACAGAGGCGGGCUGCCAGCCAGAGUCUUAUGGAGUGGUUUUUUUAAAUUUUUUAGCAGGGGACUGUGCAGCACUAAGAAAAUGAAAGAGUGGGCUUUGACAGAGGAUGAACAGGAAGCUGAUUUCACAAAAUGAUGUCAAUUUAAACGUGGAAGAAAGGUUGCACCGGAGAAUCAUAAGGGAAAUGGAGAGAUUGUCAGAGCACUUGCCAAGUGCUGCGUAAAGACAUAUAACUGUACAACAGCAGAAGCAAAUUACUGCAGAUAAGUGGUAUUUAUGAGAUGACAAACUGGUAGCAUUUUCCAAAUUCCAUUCAAGUAAUGGACUUUUCAACGAUCACAUCCUGAAACCCAUGAAUGAAUUUUCAAGGGCAAACAAACAGCACUGAUAUAGAUAUAGAUAUUGCACUGCAGCAAGCACACUGUUAGCAGGAAGGGUGGGAGUUGCACUUUCUGUUUACAGUAGGGCCCCGCUUUGUGGCACUCUGCUUUACAGCAUUCCACCGAUACAGCGGUUGUCAAUUGCAGAAAGGCCCUGCUCCUGCAGUGCUUGUUCCGGUUUUACGGCAUUUUUAUCAGUGUUAAUCAAUGCGUUCCACUUUACAGCAAAUUUCGCCUUACAGCAGCGGUCCGGAACGGAACCUGCCAUAUGAGCUGGGCCCUACUGUAUUCACCCAGCCCUCCCUCUCUAAACUGGUCUUCCAGCGGGCAGCUGAUGUUGAGAUUUCUCACACACGCAAACUCUAAGCAGGAUCUCCCACCGCCACCACCAUCAGCAUUUAGUGCAGGCAGCCAAGUAAAAAACCUUGUCUGCUUCUGAUAAGCACUGUGAGACAUUCUUUUGGUGAAGGGCAUCUUAUCAACCAUCUCCCAUUUCUAGCUGGCUUGGGAAGGUGAGGGAAGACUGCUUGCUUUGACCUGCUGAUCUUCCACAGCCAAAUGCUAAACAGAAAGAGCAGGGUGAGCUAACGGGCCCCUCAGCUCAUCUUCAUGGUGAGCUGGCAACGAAGCCUCACACCAAACUAAUGAUGGUGCUGGGCUUCAGGUUCCUCAGGUUAGCAGACAGAGGGCAUUUGUGCAUCCACCAUUGGUCUCUAAAACCAAGGUCUUCACUCCAGGGGGUGCAAGCAAAACAACACUCUAGCUGAUCACUUGAGAGCUGUCCCAUUUUACUGUCUUUAAGAUUCUACCACUUAUAUUUAUUCUUCCAUUUAUAUCCCACCUUUCCUCUAAAGAGCACAUGGUGGAGUACAUGGUUCUUCCCACUCCUCAUUUUAUCCUCACAACCCCUCCAUCAGGUCGGUUAAGCUAAGAGAGAGUGACUGGCACAAGGUCACCCAAUGUGCUUUAUAGCUGAAUGGGGACUGAACUCUCAUAUUCCAAGGAAAAGGUCCUCAAAUGCAAAGAUGUAUCAUGGAACACCAAAGUCAGGAUCAUUCAGACCAUGGUAUUCCUGAUCUCUAUAUAUGGGUGUGAAAGUUGGGCAGUGAAAAAAGCGGAUAAGAGAAAAAUCAACAUUUGAAAUGUGGUGUUGGAGGAGAGCUCUGCGCAUACCAUGGACUGCAAAAAAGACAAAUAAUUGGGUGUUAGAACAAAUUAAACCAGAACUAUCAUUAGAAACUAAAAUGAUGAAACUGAGGUUAUCAUACUUUGGACACAUAAUGAGAAGACAUGAUUCACUAGAAAAGACAAUAAUGCUGGGGAAAACAGAAGGGAGUAGAACAAGAGGAAGGCUAAACAAGAGAUGGAUUGAUUCCAUAAAGGAAGCCACAGACUUGAACUUGCAAGGUCUGAACAGGGUGGUUCACGACAGAUGCUAUUGGAGGUCGCUGAUUCAUAGGGUCGCCAUAAGUUGUAAUCAACUUGAAGGCACAUAACAACAAGUCCAACACUCUGAGUAUUACAUUGCACUCACACCUCCUCAUCUCUAUCUGCUGCAUGUGCAGCCAGGCCUCAGUAAUCACAUUUGGAGCACAACAUGAAAGAAUAUUUCUAAAUGCAGUGCAUUAAAUAUUUACAAAACUAUUUACCUUGGUAAGAGAGGAAAGGAGGGAGAUUGACAGGAUAACCGUGAGGAAUUCGUUUUUAUCCUUAAAGGGUAUAUUGACUGCAUUCUCUUCACAAAUCUUUUGUGAAGUUAGGCAGUUGGGCAGUUUAUAACAGUCUUGUGGGAUGUAUUGAUCCGUGUCCCACAGUCAGAUUAAUUUCUCUCUGCAAAUCCCAUGCAGAAUACACUGUCAUGGAUUCUGAUAUCGUCAUCUGCCAGAUAUUUGACAUUAGAGAUUUCAAAGUUGGAUAUUAAUGUUUGAUUGCCAAUGUUUGAUAUUCAGUAUUUGGCCCUGUGUUUUAUUCAUGUGUGGGUGUGGGUGUGUGCAGUGCUAAGAGCAGUGAACAAAAUAAAUAAUAACAAGAGUGCAACAGCAUCUAUUCAAAUAACAGUCAAUAAACCAAUCUAGUAAAAAAAAAGUAAUAGUGGCAGAAAAUACAAUGGACCGUGAAAAAGACAAAUAAUUGGGUGUUAGAACAAAUUAAACCAGAACUAUCACUAGAAGCUAAAAUGAUGAAACUGAGAUUAUCAUACUUUCGACAAAUAAUGAGAAGACAUGAUUCAUUAGAAAUGAUAAUAAUGCUGGGAAGAACAGAAGAGAGUAGAAAAAGAGGAAGGCCAAACAAGAGAUGGAUUGAUUCCAUAAAGGAAGCCACAGACCUGAAUUUACAAGAUCUGAACGGGGCCUUUCACGACAGAUGUUGUUUGGGGUCGCUGAUUCAUAGGGUCGCCAUAAGUCGAAAUCGACUUGAAGGCACAUAACAACAAACAACAAAGAAAUAGCUGAUAAAAUAAGUAAUUCUAUUGAAUUUGAGAGGCCUGCAUCAUGAAGGAUUCUUACUAUUCAUUCAUCAGUCCAAAUGAAAAGACUGAGCAAGGUACACAUCUGUACAAUAUAUGGUGUAGGUCAGAUUUAUUGUUUACAAGAUCUAAAAACACCAAAGGAGCUCAGGAACAUCUAGCUACCAAAACGUACCCGCUGAAGAAGACCUUUACAGGUUGAAAUGCAUUUGGGAAAGAUCUAGAACAAGAUUUGAAUGCAAGGAAUGUAUUAAGGAUAUUUUAUUGCCAUAUAUG